AUGGCUGUCAACAAGACACCAGUAGCCCAAGCGGUUACUGUAAGCCUCAAGGACCUCGAGGAUGGCACCGUCUCCUUCGACACCCUCACAGAAGCCUUUGGUCCAUCCUCCCUAGGAAUCAUCGUCGUGAAAGAUCUUCCAGAAAAGUUUGUGCAGCUGCGCACACAAGUCCUCUCAAAUGCAUCUUACCUAGCAGCUCUCCCGCCCAAGGAACUAGAAUGCCUCGAAAGCCCUGAAUCAAAGUACCUAGUUGGCUGGUCCUGCGGCAAAGAAACACUCAAAUCAGGCCACUUCGACACGCUGAAGGGCUCCUACUACGUCAACUGCGCUUUCUACCAAGACCCAAACCUUGAUAGCGCCCCAGCAGAUGGAUUUCCCGAUCUACCGCAGUACACGGCACCUAAUAUCUGGCCUUCGCCGGAACAUCUACCUACUUUCAGACCUAGCAUCGAAAGUCUCUGCUCUCUAAUCAUCCAGACCGCGGGACUGGUCGCGCGAGCAUGUGAUCGCUACGCUGAGGCAAAUAUCGAGGAUUACAAGCCCGGGUAUCUGCAGCGUGUUGUCGAGACGAGCCUUACCACCAAAGCAAGACUUCUGCAUUACUUUCCUUCCAACGAAGAGACAGUAUCUGCGGAGGAAGAAAACGAUAAAGACGACGAUGACUGGUGCGCUACGCAUAUCGAUCAUGGCUGUCUGACAGGUCUUACAUCUGCUAUGUUCCUCGACGAAGCAGCUACACCCCCGACACUCGAAUCUGCAUCAUCUUCUCUUCCUGAACUUACGGUUUCUCCGGAUCCCUCUGCGGGACUGUAUAUCCGUUCUCGAGCGGGCGAGGUCGUCAAAGUUAACAUUCCCAAGGACUGUCUUGCUUUCCAGACUGGUGAGGCGCUUCAACUCAUCACGCAGGGCAAAUUCCGAGCUGUGCCGCAUUUUGUGAAAGGGGCGAAGUGUGGAGAGGGACGGAUUGCUAGGAAUACGUUGGCGGUGUUUACGCAGCCGAAUCUGGGGGAGGAGGUUGAGGCUGGUUUGACUUUCGCGGAGUUUGCGAGGGCGGUUGUGCAGAAGAACUACUAG